GGUGCAAAUCGUCGAAAAAUAAAGUAGCUCAACCUUGCGAAAAAACCGCAAAACACAUCCACCCACACACACACACACACACAGACACUAUGGGCUAUAAGGAAAGUAAAGGUCCAUGGAUUGGUAUACGACAUUUGCAGUCACUUUUAUUAUUUUUGGGUCUCACCGUAAUGCAUAUAGCCCGUUUGAAUGUCAGUGUGGCCAUUGUGGCCAUGACAAAUGCCGAAUCGACCAACCCAAAUUUUCCGGAAUAUGAUUGGAAUGAAGCCCACAAAUCGUAUAUAUUAUCCAGUUUCUAUUGGGGUUAUAUAUUAACUCUAUGUCCGGGUAGUUUUCUUUGUCGUCGCUUUGGAGCCAAAGUGGUUCUAUUUAUUGCCUGCUGUGGCACUGCAAUCUUUAGCUUCAUCACGCCAUGGUCCAUUUCGUGGGGAGGCUGGCAAGUGUUUUGCGCCAUACGCAUCAUUCAGGGAUUGUUCCAGGGUGUCAUCUUCCCCUGUGUCACCGAACAUUUGGCCAUGUGGUCGCCGCCGGAGGAGAGAAAUCGUUUGGGCGCCUUUAGUUACACGGGAACCGAUUGUGGCACAGUGCUGGCCAUGUUUAUAAGUGGCAUGAUAGCCAAAGGAUCUAUGGGUUGGCCGGGCAUAUCGUAUGUAUCUGGUGCUCUGUGUGGUGCUUGGUGUAUUCUCUGGUUGAUAUUCGCCUCGAAUAAUGCUCCCGAAUCGAGAUUUAUUGGAGAAACGGAAUGCAAGUACAUUGAAUCAUCAUUGGAGCACAAUGAAGAUUUCCAUGACCGCACAAUUCCCAUUCCGUGGAGAGCAAUUUGGACUUCGGUACCAUUCUUGGCUCUCCUGGUAGCCAGAUGCUCCGAAACCUAUGGCCUGAGCACACUGCAAGCUGAAAUCCCAUCAUAUAUGAAUGGCGUAUUGAAUAUGGAUAUUCAGAGUAAUGCAGUAUUCUCAUCCUUGCCCUUCUUGGCCAUGUGGUUGCUAUCCUAUGUCUAUUUAAUUGUGGCCGAUAUACUCCUGAAGAAGAAAUGGCUUACCCUGACGUCAGUGCGUAAGGUGUUCAAUACGCUUUCGUUCUGGAUACCAGCUGGAUGUCUCAUUGCCAUUGGUUUCCUCGAUGAAGAUCAUAAAAAUUUGGCCAUUAUCUUAAUGACCCUGAGUGUUGGUGUAAAUAGCGGUGCGACUAUUGGCAGUUCUUUGAAUACAAUCGAUCUAUCACCCAAUCAUGCUGGCAUUCUGAUUGGUCUAAGUAAUACAGUGGCAAAUGUGAUACCAAUUUUAACUCCUCUGAUUGCGGGUCUUAUUGUUGUAGAUGAGCACGAUUCCGGGCAAUGGCAAAUUGUUUUCGGUUUGGCUGCAAUAAUAUUCUUUGUGGGCAAUUGCGUAUUUCUCAUUUGGGGCACAGCUGAGGCACAACCCUGGGAUGCAGACGAUUAUCUAGAGCAAAACAAGAAAGAUGUCGAAACAAAUCAAAAAGAAACAAAGAAAUCAAAAUCAUCACCAAAAUUAGCCAUAAAACCACCAAUUGAACCUGUAUUAGAACAACAAAUAACGUGGCCCGAACGAUAUACGGCCAAACUCAUCGAUCCCGAGUGAUUUAGAGCGGAAGCAGACAUUAGUACUUAGUUAGACCAAUUAUAUAAAUACUUAUAUAUUAGUAUUAAUCAGUAUUAAAGUUAUAAGCAGGUUGUAAUUUAUAAAAGAAUUUCUGUCGUGGUGCUAUUAACUCUAUUUAUAAGGCAUGACAUGUUUGUUGGUAUGGUGCAAAGAGCUUAAGUAAAUUAUUUUCAAUUGAUUUCAAUUGAAUUGUUGUCAACACUCAAUUUCUCAAAGAGU